AUGGCGGACGACCAGGUGAAGCUGGUGCGUGUGCCUGUGCGAGAGCUGACGACGGCCAUGGACGGCGCCAGGGCGGCGCUGGAUGAGAACCGCCGGCUGGCUGCGGAGCUCGCGCAGUCCGAAGAGGAGGCCAGGGAGCUCGAGAUCAAGCUGCUCAAGCGACAGCACCAGCCCGACUGCUGCACAGGCGCUCGCGCGGAGCACCGUCCGUAUCGACCGGGAGACCUGCUCAACCCUGCGUCGCCUAAGCGGAUGCGACCGAAGAGUGAGAUGUUUGGCACAAGCAUGCGCAACCUCAUCGGAGAGCAGGCGGAGACAAUGAACCAGCUCGCUGAGCGAGAGGAGAACCUCCGUGCGCUGAUGGACGCCAUGCGCGAGGUCUCGCAGGCGUCGGACAGUCUGGACAUUGUGAGCAAUGCGCUUCGAGCUGCGCAACAUGUGCUCCCUGCCGAGAAGUACACGGUCGGCAUCCUCAGCGAGAAGAAGGACCGCGUGGACUUGUACUCAAACCCUCCCAUGGAUUUGCACGGCAAACGCUACCUUACUGAAGAGGGCAGUGUGCUUGUCGACUCGGCCACAACGUUUGGGCGCGUUGUCCUGACUGGGAGGCCUCUCGAGGUGGCGGAUGUCAGCGGUUCCGAAGUCGUCGAUGUCUUCGAAGAGCAAAUGGAGCUCUUGGAGUUUGAGCCCGAGGCGUUGCUCUGCGCGCCCAUCUUCAACGUCCACGGCAUUUUGGUCGGCGUCUUCCAAGUCAUCACUCGCAAACAGCUCCCAGAGCUCGGCCUCCUGCCAGCUCCAGCUCCUCCACCAGAACCUCUGUGGUUUUCUUCAACUCCUCGGUCCGACUUGACAAAACUUGGGCAAAACCAGGAAAACCAAGAGAAAGCAGCGUUUGACCCACGCGACAAGGAGAGCUUCGACUACAUUUGCGUCACUGCUGGCACGGCGCUGUGGAAUCUGUCGCUGGCCAAGGCGCACCAGGCCAUGCAGAGCCGCAUCGAGUGUCUUCUGAAGCUCAAUCGGAACAUCGCUGCUGAGCUCAGUUCGUCGGCCGUGCUUCACCAGAUCAUCGCCGUAUCGUACGAGCUGCUUCGCGCAGAGCAUAUCGCUCUCUAUGUGCGAGACGAAGGCACGGAAGAGUUUUUCCUCUUCGUCACCGAGCCACACCACUCUCACCUCCGGCAUGGCGGGUAUGACGAGGCAUUCUUGAAAGCGCACAACGGUAUCGUAGGUGUCGUUAUGCGGACCGGACAACUUGUGCUCACAAACUCCGCACCAACCCAUCUCGCCUUCGACCCGAAGUUCGACGAGCUGUGGACGUCGCUCAAGACGAAGCAGGUGCUUUGUGCUCCAGUUAAAGAUGCCGGCGGACAUGUCUUGGCCGUGGUUUGCGCCACUAACAAGGUAGACGGCGACGAGUUUACUUCCGACGACGCGCUGUACCUGAACUACGCCGCGGAGGCCGCAGGAAUCUCGCUGCACAAGUCCAAUUUACUCCGUUCAGUGCUGAUGUCGCAGCGCUUGACAGAAGCGCGGCUGCAACUCGCCGACUUCGUGAAUAAUAACGGUGAGCGCGCUUACAGUCCGUCGGGAGCUGAAGACGAAACAAGCGCCGCAGCCUCCGUUGCUAGAUUCGUCCGCGUGGUCAUGGCAGAAGGUAAAAAGCUUAUGCACUGCGACCGCUUCGGCUUCUUGCUCGUGGACCCGCUGAAGAAAGAGCUCUGGAUCAUCCAAGAAGAUGGAGAAAGCGUGAGGAUGCCGCUCACGAAUGGACUCUCUGGACUGAUCGCCACUACCGGGAGGUCGAUAUGCACGCGCGACGCAUACACUCACCCACACUUUGAUCCAACGCUGGAUCGAAAGACGGGGUACCGCACCACAACCGUGUUGGGGAUGCCCGUGUUCGAGGAUCACACGCCCACCAACCCCAAAAUCGUGGCAGUAGUGAUGGCUAUCAACAAGAAAGACGACAACGACGACGAGGCCAACAACGCGAAGACCGACGACGACGACGCGCCCCCUGUGACGAGACAGCACGUACCUUUCACUACCAGCGACGCGGAUUGCAUGACCCAGUACUGUCGGGAGAUCCAAUUCGCGCUCGGUCGAUUGUCUCUAGACAUUUCGUACUACAAGGUGGUGUCGGACUGCGGCCUCGGGACACCCGUUGACGAUUUGAACGAACCGGAAAUCAUCUCGUCAAUCGUGCAGAAGUUCUGCCAGUCUAGUGAGCUCGACGUGCUUGAAGAGGUAGCAGCUGCAGCCAUCGCUGAUGAUCCUGACGACGAAGAACAGCCAACACCAUUCGCCGCGAUUCCGUUUCCACAGCGGCUUCCUCAGCGACGAAUUUCAACUGCACGCGAGAGCGGACACGUGAUCGGCGUUGGCGACGUCACCCGGUGGGACUUCUCCUGCUUGGAUCUAUCCAACCCCGAUAUAUUCGCAGCGACGUCAGUGCUCUUUCGGUCGCUUGGGCUGUUGGAACGCUUCCAGGUUGCCCAGGAAACAUUCUCCACGUUCCUCUCUCACGUGGCCUCGCACUACCGCCCCAACGCGUUUCAUAAUCUCCAACACGCCUUCCAAGUAACACACGCAACUUACUGCCUGUUGCGUCGAUCAGGGGUAGCGAACUCGUACUUCGCUCGGGUGGAAGUUUUCGCAAUGCUGGUAGCUGCGCUGUGCCACGACUUGGAUCACCCAGGCAACACGAACGACUUUGAGGUCAAGGCGCACAGCCAGCUCGCACUUACGCACAACGACGAUGCUGUACUUGAGCGUCACCAUUGCCGCGUGGCCUUCGUUAUCUUGAGCCAUCCGGGAGCAAACCUUCUGGCACGAUUGCCCUCGCGCGCCUGCUUCGUGUAUGUGCGUCGACUGCUCAUCCACUGCAUUCUCGCGACAGAUAUGGCAAAGCACUUCGAAAAGUGCAAGGCCCUGGAAGGGCUCUCCAAACGCCACCUUCUUGUUAACAGCGACGGGGGCAGAGGUGCGAGACGAAGUCGAAGCAAACAUCGCUUCGUAUUCAUGGCAAUCAUCAUCCACGCAGCCGACUUGUCUGGCCAGGCCCUGCCGUACACGCAGGCAGUCCGUUGGGGCAUGCGCGUGCUCUCGGAAUUCCAGCAGCAAGCGAAGAACGAAGCCGAAAUGCACGUUCCGGUUGAGUCGUUCAUGACCAAUCUGCACCACGCCAAGACACGGGUCACCGUACAGCUCAACUUUAUCAACUAUGUCCUGCGCCCGAUCUGGCUGCCGCUGGCCACCUUGUGUCCUGCCAUUCGGGUCUAUGCUGACUCACUGGAAAGCAAUCGAGAGCGCUACAAGGCUGAGCUGGACAAGCUCCAGCGUGAAGCAGAGGAAAUUGAAGAGCUGGCGAGGGUUUACGUGCGCGGUAACAGCUCACGCAGCUUGGUUGAACACUCUUCAAGCACAAGACGGCUUUCCAGUUUAUCCCAAAAGAAUUAG